AUGAGCAAAGGUGUUAUGAAAAUAUUUCUGCUUUGGGGCAUGCUGGUCAUGGCUUUUGCCCAAGGCAAAAAAAUCCAAAAUACGACAACGUCAUUGACAGUUGAACAAAAGAAGCUGCAAUCUAUGGAGCAUAAAAUAGGCAUUGGCCAACCUAUUUGUGGGAAUUUUUACGAAUAUGCCUGUCACAAAUGGUCAUUUCUUACGACGGCAUCAGAGGCCAUAGGAGAGCUGGAAGAAAAGACGGGAAAACAAAUGGAAAAUAUUAUUAAGGUAUUUCCCACACUCAUGUAUCCACAGUUCUUGGCCAGCAUAUACAAUCAGUAUCAAUCGUGUAAAAAUCGAGGCGAAUUUGAGGUGCUUGACUAUCUGAAGUGGAUGAAUGAAAAUACUGCCAUAAACUGGCCUUUGGUAAGACAGAAAGAGCAUAGGGCCGAAGAAGAAGAAGAAGCUGCUUCUCCCGAUUGGAUAGAGUUACUGGCCUUGACACGCACCUAUGGCUUCCACGACAUUUUCAUCUAUGAACAUGUGACACAGCGUCACGACGAUCCCACCAAACUGAUUAUAGAAAUUAAGAGACCCGCCCUUUAUACCAUAGCCGACUUAAAAUCUCAGAUUUAUGAUCCCAAAGGUCACCUGCAGCAUAUGGAUUUGGAAAGUUUUCGAAAUUUUCAAAAGGAUCUGCUCAAUAUGACAUUGCAUUUUGUGGAACGUGUGGAAAAGGCAAGUUUUGCACAUAUAACGGACUCUAAAUGCCGACCAAGCAACACAAAACCCCAAAUGGUGACAGUGAACGAAUUGCAACUGCAACUGCCUUGGCUGGUGAAAUAUUUAGAAACGCUGCUCAAUAGAAGCCCCUUAGAUGCCGACAUGAGAAUUUACAUCAACAGUGUGGAAUAUCUGCAAACAGUCUACAGCUUCAUGAAUGAGCGAGGCAAUCGCUUUAUCAACGACUACAUUCAGCUGAAAUUUUUAAUUUAUUUGCAAAUGAAGUAUUUUAGUCGCAGUUAUAAAUGUGAUCAGGAUAUUCGUGAGAGCUUUCCCUUGGCCAUGCAGUGGGCCUAUGAGCAAAACAAUCAACAAUUGAAGUGGCAAAUACCAAAAGUGGAGAAGAUAUAUGAAAAUCUCAAAGCUGAGUUUCGUCAAUCAUUGCAGACGAAUAGCUACAAUUUCAGUGAGAAUGUGCAUCAGUAUCUGCUGGACAAACUGGACAACCUGCAAUUGAUGAUGGGCUCAAUGAAUGUUUUUGAGUUGCAGCGUUACUAUACCAAUUUAAGUCUCGCUAAGAACAAUUACUAUGGCAAUCAUUUGCUAAUCUUAAAUUUCCAUUUUAACCGCUUGCAUAAGGCUCUGGACAUGGAGCAACUUACUCCCAGCUCUCCCGAAAUGUGGCAUUUUCAACAGUUCGUGGAGUUUGACCAGCGGCUUGACAAAACCCUUUCGCUAGCUCAUUUACCCAAAUUUUAUCCUAGACUUAAUGUUAUCUACUUUCCCUUGACAUUGCUGCAGCCUCCCUACUACGAAGAUGGCUUGAGUGAGGAGUUUAUCUAUGGUUCUAUUGGUUUUUGGCUUGCCCAUGAAAUUGUCAGGUCAUUCGAUCAGCAUCACCUGGCAUACGAUGCCAAGGGUAAAGUCAACACACAAAUGUUGCAACAAUUCCAAUCGAAUCAAAAAUUUGAAAGAUCCCUAUUGGUAUUUAGGCUAAACUUUUCCGAGAAUUACCUGAACGACAUAGAAGAUGUAGGCAAUGAUCUGGGAGGUUUAAAAUUGGCCUAUAAUACGUUUGCUGCCAUCAAAGGAGUAAAUCAUUUAAACAAAACCUUCACCCUUCACAAUAGAACAUUCACCAGCGAGCAGUUAUUCUUUUUGAAUUACGCCCAAAACUUUUGCGGUGCUUUAUGUAAUUUUGGUCAUCUGGGUGGCUUCUUUUACGACUCCUGCAAACGUGUCAAUUUGCCUGUGCAAAAGUUUCAAGAAUUUCAUCAGGCAUUUGGUUGCGGUGGUAAUACCAGGGAACCUAUUUGGUAG